UAAUAAUUUCGAUCUUUUUAGGUCAUUUGAAAAAAAAAAAAAAAGUCAUUAUUAUUUUCUCGUUUCCGGAAUCAAAUUAUUAUUAUUUGGUUCAACUCCAGAUAAUGGAAGCUAGAAGGCUUGCGAUCCUCUGUUCACACCUCAACCCACCUGGUCCGAACCCGUCCCGAGACCCGACUCUCAGGGUCUCCGUUUGCAACUCUGUUUCGUCCGGCGACGACGGGAAACUGGAAUCAUCCAAUCUCCAAAACGACUGUGUUUUCUGUAAGAUUAUCCGUGGCGAGUCUCCAUGUCUCAAGUUGUACGAGGAUGAUAUGUGUUUGUGUAUACUGGAUACUAAUCCACUAAGCAAUGGGCACUCCCUUAUUAUUCCCAAAUUACAUUAUCCAACUUUGGAGGAAACUCCUCCCUCAGUCGUUUCUGCCAUGUGUUCCAAAGUGCCUCUUAUUAGUAACGCCAUCGUGAAAGCUACUGACAGUGAUUCAUUUAACUUAUUGGUUAACAACGGCGCAGCAGCUGGACAAGUCAUAUUUCACACACACAUUCACAUAAUCCCGCGUAAGGAACAUGACUGCUUAUGGGCUUCCGAGAGCGUACGGAGACACACGCUGAAACUUGACAAGGAAGCAUCUCAACUGGUAUCGCGUGUUCGACAGCAAUUGUGUAGCCUUCCUCAAGAACAAUUGGUUCAGCCCUCAUAAAAGUCUCUUAUCAAGAGAUCACCAUUGUUGUAACUUUAGAUACAGAAUCCAAACACGAAGUAUAUUCUGUAUAGUUCAUAUUCAGUCUCGUUUUUGUUUAUCCAUGUUCUUGAAUUUGUCGGUUAGUUUCUCAAGAUAUUUACUUAUUUUAGUUAUAGAAACAGAAGAGGUGGUUUAGUCUCA